CUGUCCCCUGGAAGAGCGUGGACCCCUGCAAAGGCCACAGGGAGUCCCCAGGAGCCCUGGUGGAGGCCUCUGCAGGGGAGGAGGCCCAAGGUGAGGAGGGCCCUGCAGCUGCCCAGCUGGACGUGUCGCGCCUACGCAGCUCUUCCAUGGAGAUCCGCGAGAAGGGCUCGGAGUUCCUCAGAGAGGAGCUGCACAAGGCCCAGAAGGAGCUGAAGCUGAAGGACGAGGAGUGUGAGCGGCUGUCCAAGGUGCGGGAGCAGUUGGAGCAGGAGCUGGAGGAGCUGACGGCCAGUCUGUUUGAGGAGGCCCACAAGAUGGUUCGGGAAGCCAACCUGAAGCAGGCGGCGUCAGAAAAGCAGUUGAAGGAGGCCCGGGGCAAGAUCGACAUGCUGCAGGCGGAGGUGACAGCCCUGAAGACACUGGUCAUCACGUCCACACCAGCCUCUCCCAACCGUGAACUCCACCCGCAGUUGCUGAGCCCCACCAAGGCCGGGCCCCGAAAGGGCCACUCACGCCAUAAGAGCACCAGCAGCACGCUCUGCCCCGUCGUGUGCCCUGUCGCAGGACACACCCUCACCCCAGACAAGGAAGGCAAAGAGGUGGAUACAACCCUGUUUGCAGAGUUUCAGGCCUGGAGGGAAUCACCCACCCUGGACAAGACCUGCCCCUUCCUGGAAAGGGUGUACCGGGAAGACGUGGGCCCCUGCCUAGACUUCACAAUGCAGGAGCUCUCGGUGCUGGUGCAGGCCGCCGUGGAGGACAACACGCUUACCAUCGAGCCCGUAGCUGCACAGACACUGCCUGCAGGGAAGGUGGCCGAGGUUGAAUGUGCCAGCGCCAACACAUGUGCCCUGAGCGGACUGGCCCGCGCCUGCCGUCACCGCAUCCGGCUUGGGGACUCUGAGAGCCACUACUACAUCUCACCAUCCUCCAGGGCCAGGAUCACCGCAGUGUGCAACUUCUUCACCUACAUCCGCUACAUCCAGCAAGGCCUGGUGCGGCAGGACGCGGAGCCGAUGUUUUGGGAGAUCACAAGGCUGCGGAAGGAGAUGUCACUGGCCAAGCUUGGCUUCUUCCCACAGGAGGCCUAGGGCAUGGCCUGGGCCUGGAAGGGGACUCUGAGCUGGAGCAAACAUCUGUUCCAGGACAGACAGACAGGAAGACAGGGUCCUGGAACCAGCCCUGAGCCAGAAACCAAAUGGACAGACAAAUGGCCUGGCCCUGGAGGCAGCACUGAGCCAGCACCAAAUGUCCAUCCUGGGACAGACAGCAGGACAGACAGGCCUGGACUUCAUGAGAUGAACCUUCUCUCUUCCCCACUGGGUUUUGCAACCACCAGAAUUUCAAGGAAGCACCAAAGACCAAGGAGCUUGGAGCCAUACCGGAGGGCUCAGCCCUUGGGAGGGGACACCUGGGGCAGCCAGCACCCCUUCCCCAGGCCUGGGAACUGCUGCCUGUAGGUGCCUUGUUGCUGCCAUGUCCUCAGAAAGGGACUAUCCUGGGGUGGCCUGAUCUCCAGGGUAUUCCCCAACCCAGUUCCCAAAUCCUGGGCCACCAGCACCCCCUUGUGGCCAUUCCUCACCCCCAGGUGGCCUCCCCUGCUGUCCCAAGGGUCUACAGGGCAGCAGGGCUAGGAGUGGCUGGCAGGGCCUCAACAGCUCUGCCACUCCAGCCUGUACAGUAUAUGGUUGAGAAUGACCCCAGAGCGUUCUUAAGAUGUCAGAGCCCCUCCUCCUUCCCUCCCUCUUCAUAAAGGCCCUCCUGUCACCUCCCUCCCCCAUCUCAGCCCUGUGCUCCAGGAGGUCCUGCUCCCCAAAGCACUGGAAGGAUUGCGGCACUUUCCUCCCAAGGUCAGACACAGACAGGCCCUCAGGCCACCCAUGCCUGUCUUAAGGGCGGCCCUUCCGACAACAGGGGCCCCUGUGUGGGGGGCUGGGGUGGGGCAGGCAGGACCUGGACCUCCCCUCACCCGUCACAGCCCACUCAGGACCAGAGUUAGGGACUCUAACCUGGACACAUCCCUCACCAUGUCUGGAUUUCCUUCUUUGAAUGGAAUG